AUGGAUCCUUCCAUCCGCCUGACGGGCAUUCUGAGUGGCAAGAGCCUUUGCAGCAGCUCCUUCCUGUACAACGGCGACGGGCCCCAGUGCCUCCCGUUUCCUCCGGAGAUCCUUGUGCAAGUCAUUGGUCUUCUUAACAAAGCUUGCGAUAGAAGGAGUGCCAGACUGGUGUGCAAAGGCUUUGCACAAGCUGGCCUACCGUCGCUUACGCAUACGGUCAACCUCUCUGUCCCCAGCGGUCUUCUAGACAGGACUCGAGCGAUCGCGGAGCAUCCGGUUGUCGGCAAGUACAUAAUCCAGAUGGUCUGCAGUGGCACGCAGCUACUUAGCGACGAGGUGAAUUAUGGCAACAUCCAGAUUUUGCAUGGGCCGACGACGCGUCAGACCGAGCUUUCAGUGCCAUUGCCGGUCGUAUAUGAACAGUUGUUGUCAAGAGAUGAGAAAGGGAAGAGAAUCACUCAUUGUCAAAGGGCGCAGGCCAUUUUCCUUCUUGCUCUCCAACGGUUCGUGAAUCUCAAGCGCAUUACAUUCACGGAGGUUCCACUCGCCGAAGAGAAUCAAGAUCUGGUCCGUCCGCAGUGGCCACGCGUUGCAAAUGGUGGAGACCGGUGGGAGCCCGCCUCGCCGUAUCAAAUGUUUGCCGUGGGCAUCCGAUUGUUGUAUACACAAGGCACCAAUCUAGAACAACUCAGGAUUGUAGGCUCAAGCUAUGCCCUACGGGACAGGAUAUUCUCCGAUGCUUCCCAGACAUAUUACGGUCACAUGCUCAACGUCUUUCGCAAGCUUCACUGUUUCGAAUUAUCCGUGAUUGUACCGGAUGUCACUGUGGAAGACAUUGAAGAUGGCAAGCUCCUAUUGGCCAGGGCCACCGGACGAGGAUGA